AUGGCAAACAAGCAAGGAAAGAUGGCCGGCCUCAUCAAUUACCGGAUGAGGGUCACCAUGAACGAUGGCAGGCAGAUGGUUGGACAGAUGCUGGCCUUUGACAAGCAUAUGAAUCUCGUCCUCGCCGAUACCGAAGAGUUUAGACGGGUUAAGCGGAAGGCGAACAAAUCUGCAGCUCCAGGCGCCAGCGCAGCAGCUGUGGUCGAAAACGAGGAAAAACGUACACUGGGUCUUACAAUCGUUCGAGGCGCACAUAUCAUAUCCCUCUCGGUCGAGUCACCCCCUCCAGCAGACGCAUCCGCGAGAUUAGGAGCUAGUGCGCCAGGAGGAAUCACCACUACGCUUGCUGCUGGUGCUGGAAUUGCACGACCGGCUGGACGGGGCGCUCCUGUGGGACUGGCUGGUCCUGCUGCUGGUGUUGGUGGACCCCCAGCUGGAUUUGGAGGCGGAUUUCCAGGUGCCCCUCCGUUUGGCAGAGGAGCACCUCCCCCAGGAUUCGCAGGUGGAUUCCCCGGCGGACAAGGACCUCCUCCAGGAUUCGCUCCAGGAAGCUUUGCUCCUCCCCCGAGAAGAUAG